AUAAACUUGCGUUAAGCCGGUGUUAGGCUAUAAAUGGUGACAUUACCCGGUAGAUUGUCAACUGUUGUGAAUAGUUCGGCUCGAGGUGACUUUAUUUAAAGCAGAUUUUCCUCGCAUGAGCUGUGUGGUGUAGGUGUGUGAGAAAAGCGGGAGCAAAAAUUGCUGUCUGAUGUCAGAUCACUUGGCGGCAACGGCGAUGUCACUUGUGACAAUAGAUUAACUGGGAUAACUAUUUUUGGAAUACAAGGCUAUAGUCAACUGUGCAAGAAUAUACCAGCGAUUUGUGAUUACACAGUGGGAGUCUACCGACGUCCACAUAUGUUGAGCCAAUUGACAUCAUUGCACCUAAUGUCGAAAGAGGUGGUUGCUAGGGAUGUCUGGGAGUGACAGUGGGCGUGAUUCACCGAUCACGUCAUACAUGGAUGAUGCAGUCGUAGGGCCGGGAAACUUUGAAGUACUUCCAGACAGUAAGGUGAAGAGGAAGAUUCAGCAUGUGGAUGAGGUGAUGAUGAUACUGCGGCAGUCGUAUGAUCCUCAACGACUUGCUGCUGCCAUGAAGAGGUUCAUUGAAGAUGCUGAGGAUGGUAUUAAAUUAGAGUACAUGGAAGAGAAUUUGGCCCACCUCUCCAUCCUGGAAGUCAUGAGACACCUGGCUUCCCACACUGACAUUCAACAGAUUGGCUUUCAGAUUUUGUGCAAAUUCUUGAGCAAAAGCACACUCUUAAGGGAGAACCUGCAGCAUUCAGAAGCUUACAAACAUGUGCUACGUGUUAUUUGUGAGCAUAUAUCAGACGUCAAAAUACAGACAUUAGGCAUGCAAAUUCUGGCCUUGCUAGUCACUUCAGAACACCUGAGGAUGCAGAUUUUGCUUGACGAGAAGUUGGCAGAGGUGAUGGACGUGAUCACUGUGGCUAUCACAGGAUUUAGAGAAAACAGCCUUAUUCAGACAUAUGCCAUCAUGGCACUCAACCACUUACUUACAGAUGAUUGUGCGCAGCAGGAGUCUUUCAUGUCGGUUGAAUUAAACUUUGUCAUGGAUUCGCUCACUUGAAUUGUCGAGAAAGCUCUGUUGUUGAACAUACAUUCCACUUGCUCCAUACUUGUCUAAAA